GAGAGAGCCACAGAGAGAAGAACGGAGUAACGAAAUCACACAGUCUGGAAGAGAAACGUAAAUCAAACCAGCAAACCAUACUGUACAUUUAAAUUGUCCGACUGGUCUAAAUGUUUUGCCCACAGGGCAUCUUUCUUUGCUACUCUCGCGGUUAACUUUGGACUGUCCGUGGGAAGCCCGUGGACGUGCGCUUCGCGGUUCGGUGACAGGUUGUAAAGAAGGAAUUCCAUCACUAUUUUUAAAACCACGAACGAAUUUGGGGGCGUGGAUGGUUCAAGCACCGGCUGUUCUGCUGGUGGAAUAUUGAAUGCGUUGGCUGUGGAAGUGUCGUUAUCUGCACCGUCUUACCGGCUUGGAGUGGCCAGAUCGCACAGCCAAAUCGGUUGGGCACUAUAUGGCUUUUUAACAGCUGCGCUCGUUAAUGUAAGAUUACUUUCAGAUUCACAUUCAUUGUUCACUCUGGAUUCCACUCGUUCUGUUCUGAUUGCCAUUUCUUCAGAGGGCCAAAGGCGGAGUUGAAAGCAGUACAAGAGUAAGGAAAACUGUCUCCAAAAGCGCAACGUUAAAUUGGGUAUUACGCGGUUAUUAUAACCCACAAAAGGCUGCUCUUCAGUUUGUGCGGUGGCUGGAAUAGGUAUUAUUUUUGUUGAAUUAAUUUUCACUGUCUAAUAUUUUUUAUUUAAACUGAAGAAUCCGGCAAAGUCAAAAUGGGCGAGUAACAUCGAUGUCCAAACGAUGUCGGUCAGCUGAGCUGUCUAAAUUGAAGUCCUCUCCUUGAUCUGCAAAUAUAGGCAGGUGUCAAACUCACGUGGUAGUGUUGGACUGUAACAGGCUACUUUACCUUUUCACCACGUAUUUUUGAACUUGUGAGUUACAGAAGAAAAGUAAGAUCAUGAAAUUUAAGACCUUUUGAAAUACAUGCCGUCUUGGUUAUGGAUAAUCGGCAUUACGUUUGUUCACGAUGCCCGAGGUUUAAACCCUUUUGCGGACUGCUUACGUAUCGUCAUUACAAUGCGAUUUAAAAUUCAUAUGUGGAAGUAACUGCCUCUGAAGUAAUCUUAUAGGCUACCUGCUUUUUUGAGUAUCUUUAUCCAUUGUUACACUCAAAAUGACAAGCAGUGGACCUGUUAUUGUCUUUGAGUGGCUAAAGACACUUCAGCUCUCCCAAUAUGUCGAGCCAUUUGUUGACAACGGCUACGAUGAUCUGGAAGUUUGCAAACAAAUCGGGGACCCAGACUUGGAUGCCAUCGGCGUCUACAUACCCCACCACCGGCAAAGAAUUCAUGACGCUGUGCAAAGGCUGAAAGAAGAGGAUAAGGAGACAGCCUGCGGGCUGUACUUCACCCUGGAGCCGAUGUCCUCUGCAUCCGAGGUUUACACCACCCACAUGGUGGACCAGUAUGAGUCCAAGCUCCGGGGGUCAAAGUCCUGGACGGAACCGAACAGUGACCGGGUCGGCCGCAACGGGGGUUAUCUGGGUGCACAGCGGAACCUGACGCUCGGUACUAGUAAUCGGAGAGAGCUGGUGAUUUAUCCCAAACUGAAGCUGAAGAUUAUGAUCAGAGAUAAACUCAUCAGAGAUGGCAUCAACCUGGCCAGGCCUCCAUUCUCAAACAAGGACGGUUCUCUGGGGAACAUAGAUGACCUUGCUCAGGAGUACUCAGAGUACUACAACACCUGCUUCAACGACGUUAGCGACCGCAUGGAGGAGCUACGCAAACGCCGCGUCUCCCAGGACCUGGACAUGGACAAAGUAGACUCCAGUUCCACCUCCCUACAGCUCCGCUCAGAGAUCCAGGAGUCUCUGGGCUUCAGCAGUGAGAUGUCCACUCCAGAGACAGAGAGAAAGAUGUCUCUGCACAAGUCCAGCUCAGAGGACGCCUCUGGAGGUAAAUGGGAUAACAAGAAGAAGAACAAAUCCUUCUGGCAGAACUUCCGGAAGUCUCAGAAGGGAGUCGUGAGGCAGAUGUCGAAAGGAGAGGACAUUGGCUACGUGGCCAGUGAGAUCACCAUGAGUGAUGAAGAGCGUAUCCAGCUGAUGAUGAUGGUGAAGGAGAAGAUGAUCACGGUGGAGGAGGCUCUGGCCAGGCUGAAGGAGUAUGAGAGCCAGAGCAGACAGUCCAGCAGUGCUGACACUGCAGAGUGGACUGACGGAUCCAGUCUCAAUCUAAACCAGUCCUCAAACUGCAACUCGCGUGAGCAGUCAGAUGACGAGCAGUCGGAGGACUCGGUGAAGUUCAAGCGCCUCCACAAGCUGGUCAACUCCACACGCCGCGUCCGCAAGAAGCUCAUAAAGGUGGACGAGGGAAAGAGGCACGGCUCUGAAGAUUCCUUGAGUCUGGAGGCGUCGCCCACCUGCGAGGACAACACAGCCCUGUACACCGGGGUCCUGAAGAAGCCCUCGGUGCCCCAGGACGCCUCGCUGUCCUCCCUGGCCCAGGACCAGCUCUCCCUUGACGGGGACAGCGACAGCCUGACCACCUCCCCCUCCUCCAGCAGCCUGGACACCUGGUCCGGACACAAGCUGGUGAAGACCUUCAGCAAGUCCUCCAGCACCCACGGCCUGAUCAGACCCCCCCGGAGGGCCCCCCGUGGGCUGUGGGGGUCCUGGGGGCGGCGGGGCCGUGGGGGCGGGGGCAGCGGGUCCUCCUUCUCUGAGCUGGAGGGUGUGCGCGCAGAGGACGAGGGGAAGGUGUCCCGCUCCAUGACGGAGGGAGAGAUGCGCAAGGCCCUCAGCUCCCUCUCCCAUGGGGUAAGUAGCAACGAGAGCCUCUACGCCUUCUACGGCCUCACUAAGCCCCGCCCUAAACCACACCCUCAGUCCCACCUCCUGGUGUCCCUGGACGACGCCCAGGGAAGCCCCAAAUCCUCCCGGCAACAGCACCACCAGCAGGGCAGCUGGACCCACAAGAAGCCAGACCCCAACUACGCCUACUCCACCAAGCACCUCCUCUACCAGCGUUCCCGUGCAUCGCCAAGACCCCCGACCCAGCCCUCCUCGCCCUCCCCGUCCCCCGCCCGCUGCGACCUCGCCAAGGCCAAAGGUGCGGGUUCAGGGGCGGUGGGGUAGGCUGGGAGCUGGGCCUUCCCCUCUCGCCGUCUCCGUGGUCGCACGGCGGUCAGCGAGCUGAACAUCACCUACGUGGUGGAGCGCAGCCUCUACGGCCAUCUUAACUGGGCCCAGCUGGUGCGGCCCGUCACGCUCAGCCGCGCAGAGCGCCGCUGCCUAUUGGAGGAGGACAGGGAGGCGGACAGGAAGUGGGCGGCUAGCGUGGACCGCUGUACCAAGCGCGUGCUGUUGCGCAUCCAGCAGAAGUCUAGGACGUGUAGUUGAGGGUUCGACCUGUCUAACCGCUCGCUCCAUGUUGUCAGCACCGGGUCAGAGGUUAAUAGUAAGGACCAGGAGGCAAUCUAUCGUGAGGUGGUCAAGUCUCCCAACACCUCUCGUAUUUCUCUGGGGAAGAAGGUCAAGUCUGUCAAGGAGACCAUGAGGAAACGCAUGUCCAAGAAGUACAGCAGCCCCCUGUCUGAACAGUCCAGUCCUGACGGGGCCCCAAGCUCCCCCCAGUCCCCCCAGCCAGACACAGACUCCCUGGAGAAGCCCAAGCUGAAGGCAGGAGGGUCUGUGGAGAGUCUCCGUAGCUCCCUUAGUGGACAGAGCUCCAUGAGUGGUCAGACGGUGAGCACCACAGACUCGUCGGCCAGUAACAGAGAGAGUGUGAAGUCUGAGGACGGGGAUGACGAGGAGCCUCCGUACAGAGGCCCCUUCUGUGGCCGAGCCAGGGUCCACACAGACUUCACCCCCAGCCCCUACGACUCCGACUCACUCAAACUGAAGAGAGGAGAUGUGAUCGACAUCAUCAGCAAGCCUCCCAUGGGUACCUGGAUGGGCCUGCUGAACAACAAGGUGGGCACCUUCAAGUUCAUCUACGUGGACGUGCUGAGCGAGGAAGAGGAGAAGCCUAAGAGAGCGGUGAGGAGGAGGAGGAAGGGCCGCCCUCCCAAACCCAGCUCUGUCGAGGAGCUGCUGGACCGCAUAAACCUCAAGGAGCACAUGCCCACCUUCCUGUUCAACGGCUACGAGGACCUGGACACCUUCAAGCUGCUGGAGGAGGAGGACCUGGACGAGCUGAACAUCCGGGACCCCCAGCAUCGCGCCGUGCUGAUGACCGCCGUGGAGCUGCUGCAGGAGUAUGACAGCAGCAGUGAUCCGGAGCGAAGCGGACUGUCAGGAUCCCAGGAGAAACUGCUGUCCGAGGGCCACAGCCUAGUCGGCGACUCCCCCCGUGAUUCAGGAUGCUACGAGAGCAAUGAGAACCUGGAAAAUGGCAAGAGCAGGAAGACGUCUCGCUCCAGCCGGUCGUCAGGAGGACUCCAGUCCCCAGACUACCCCACCCUGCCCAUGACCCAGUCCACAGAGGCCCUGCAGCAGAACAAGAGGGAGCGCAAGUUCCCCAAGGGCUUCUUCCACAAGCCCAACCUGCGGGGUUUCAGUCUGCUGGGGCUGAGGAAGAGCCACCGCCGGACCCCCAUCCCGGCCAGCCGCAGCUGUGAGGAGCUGGAUGGGCCCCCACAGACAUCCGGACCGCAGGCCUGGAAACGCUCUCACUCCCUGGGGGACCUCCAUUGGGAACAGGGGUUUGACCAGAAGAAGGACCACAGUCCUGAUCUUAAGCCUGACAAGGGAGUGGUGAAGUCGGUGAGCGGCAGCCCAGUGAAGCCCCCCCUGGGUCCUCCGGCCCAAAGUGGAGGUCCUGCGGUUAGCCCAAAAAGGUUUGCCGAUCGCCCGACUGUGCCCUCCCAACUUCCCCUCUGGCCCCCCUGCCCCGCUAGCCCUGCCCCCCAGGCUCCAGAGCCCCUCUCUAGCCCCAGCCCUUCUGAGGCCUCCCCAGGCGGGGAGAGGAGCCUCCGGACCCACCCUAAGAAGCCCCCCGUGCCCCCACCCGUACCUAUGAAGAAAUCCAAGGAACGCCUCGCCAACGGCCUCCGCCACCCACCCCUUUCCACACCCGCCUCCCCUUCUCCUACCCACUCCCUCUCCAGCUCCCACCCCCCUAGCCCAGUCAUCGGCAGCCCCAGUGCCCCCUCCCUGCCAACAAAGAACCCUUCCAGCAGCACUCCUGCCAGCCCCUCCACCAGUUCCACAGCUUCAGCAGAAGAAGAAGACUCUGCCCCCGCCAUGCCCCCUCCCUGGCUGUCCCACUUGCCCGCUGGCAAGGUUGCCGUGGCCAGGAAGGCGUCCCACGCCAAGAUGGCGGUGGACCUGCCCACCGUCCUGGAGCAGAGGCUGGAGGCUGAGGGCAUCGACCUGACGGAGGAGCCCUACUCCGACAAGCAUGGGCGUUGUGGGAUCCCCCAGCCGCUGGUUCAGCGCUACUCAGAGGACCUGGAUCAGCCGGUGAAGGAGGUGGCCUCCAGCCUGGACCUGGUCCGGGUCAAGCAGCUCCGCAAGCAGCACCGCAUGGCCAUACCCUUCGGUGGUUUGACCGAGAUGUGUCGGAAGCCCCUGUCCCCAGGUCACGUCACCACCGUCUCUGAUUGGCUGGUGUCCAUCGGCCUGCCUAUGUACGCCACGCCCCUGACGGAGGCAGGGUAUGACACCCUGGGGAGCGUGUCGUCCAUGACAGAGAGCAGCGUGUUGGAGGCGGGCGUGCGGGACGAGAGGCACGCCCGCAAGCUGGUGAGCGAGGCCCAGCUGGUGACGGCACACAGAGGCCCACAGUCGUAAGAUGGCUCGGCUCCACCGCAGGGCAGUUGUACCACAAGCCGUCGGACAGCUGGAGAAAGCACAGUGGUCCACUGUGAACGAACACGAAACAAAAUCCUAAUCCUUAUAGUGCGAGUGACCACAGCACAGCUUGCACGUCUCAUGGAGACGUCUGAUUGGAUGACGGGACAGCCAUUACGCUUGAGAUUUAAGAGAACAAUUUGUCUCUUGUUGCGCCCUCUUUUUAUCUAUCUUUCUGGACUGUUCCCGCUCGUUAACUGGCGUUCGCCCUGGGAUCUCUCCGACUGCCAAGAACAGAUAUCAGAUGCCUUUGAAAACGGACUCUGACCGUGUCUGCAGGGUUGGGUCUGGUUUCCAUGACAACCGUGUGGUCCAAAAGAACACAUCCUUGAGAGCUGCCGUUAAGGAAAAUAGCACACUCUUGUCUUUUUAAAGUUGGAUUUUUUAUGACUGUUUAUCAAUGCUUUUCCUGUGCUUCAUAUGUGCUUCAUGUCCAUCUUUGAUGUCAGUAAGCGUUGGAGAACAGUAUGAGGAUGAAGUUGGGCCAAAGCAAUUUUGUUUUAAUCUGCGAAUGUCACUGUUAAUCCCAGGCAUAACAUGCCACAGCUAAAGCAUUCUGUAAUCAGCUUGGGGCAUUAAUCAAUUAAAUGUACAAGUAACACACAAAACGGGCAAACAAGGCUGUCAAAUGAGAUUUUAAACAAUAAUUUCAAAAUCUCUCUCAUAUUAUCAAUAUAAUAUACAGUAUAAUUUAUUCUAAUUACAAAAAGUGAUCUUAUACUUUCAGAUGUGUAUCUGUUAUGUCUUCUUUGUGAAUGUCAAAGCCACAAUGGUAUCUUGGAUGUCUUUGUCAUUGUAACCAUAGAGACAGCUGCCGAUUGGAGCCAAUGUUUGAGAUUAUAUUUUAGAUUUCGAAUCAUAUCUUGGGUGCGCAAAUAUGUUAGUUCCAUCUGUCAAGGUUCAAUUUGCACAUUAAAAUCCGCUUUUUUUUGGUUGUUGCAGAUAAUAUGACUCUGGGUGUAUCCAAGCUCAUUUUACAUUGCUUUACCUGUGCUAUGUAGGAAUGAACAGAUUAAUAUGUUACCAUGUCCUAUUAGCCCCUUAGUUCAUGCCAUGCUGGGAG